AUGCUUCCUAGGGUUCUCGUCAUCGCGGGAUCUGAUAGUUCAGGUGGAGCCGGCCUCGAAGCAGAUCAGAGAGUCCUCACAGCUCAUGGCGUCUACUCUUUGACAGCUACAACAGGUUUGACAGCACAGAACACGUUGGGUGUGCAAGAUAUCCAUGUUGUUCCGGCAGGGUUUGUUAGGAAACAGAUCAAUGCUGCUUUGGAGGAUGUUGGGGCUGAUGUUGUUAAACUUGGGAUGCUAUCGUCCGCAGAGACGGUGGAUGUCAUUGCGGAGGAAUUGAAGAGACAUACCGUCAAAACUAUUGUUCUCGACCCUGUUAUGAUAUCAACAUCCGGCUCCCAACUCCUCCCCCAAGACGCAAUCCAACAUGUCCGCUCAAACCUCGUCCCACUAACCACUGUCCUAACGCCCAAUAUCCCUGAAGCCAAACUGCUACUCGAAAAUGCGGGUCAAUCACCAGUCAGCGAACCACAGAAUGUAAAUGAAAUGAUCGAGCUUGCAAAGAAAGUACAGGGUCUCGGAUCAAAAGCCGUCUUGUUGAAAGGAGGUCAUUUACCAUUCACAUCUGAGGGGGUACGAGCGAACUCGACUGAAGAAGCGAGGAUUGUGGUUGAUGUUUUGUAUUCUGCUGCUGGGGAUGGCGAGGAAGAGGUAGUGAUGUUAACCGAGACAGAGUAUCUGAGAUCAAAGAAUACUCACGGCACAGGGUGCUCUCUUGCAUCGGCUAUAGCGGCAAAUCUUGCAAAGGGGAAUGAUUUACAGACGUCAGUUCGUUCGGCCAUCAAAUAUGUCGAAGCUGGAAUCAAACUGAGUGUUGAUAUGGGUCAAGGGAGCGGACCGAUCAAUCACUUCCACUCGCUAUAUAGUAUGCCUUUUGCGCCUGGUCAAUUCGUGGACUACGUUCUUAACAGGCCAGAUAUGAAGCCUAUCUGGCACAGAUUUACACAUCAUCCGUUUGUACAGGGAUUGGGAGAUGGCAGCCUCCCUCUGAAGAAUUUCAAGGAUUAUCUUGUGCAGGAUUAUCUCUACCUCAUCCAUUUCGCAAGAAGCAAUGCCCUCGCUUCCUACAAAGCUCGCACAAUGAAAUCCAUAGCCGCCUCAGCGAGAAUAGUCCUACACAUCAACACAGAAACAGCCCUCCAUAUCGACUACUGCGCCAGCUUUGGCCUAACCCGCGAAGAAAUGGAAGCAACCCCCGAAAAACAAGCAUGUGUCGCUUAUAGCCGCUACAUCCUCGACAUCGGCCAAUCCGAAGACUGGCUGGCCCUCCAAAUAGCUCUGGCACCAUGUCUGAUCGGUUACGGUGCAAUUGCGCGUCGUCUCUACGACGAUGCCGAGAAUACGGUGAAAGGGGAAGAGAAUAAUAGGUAUUGGAAGUGGAUUGAGAAUUAUGUGGCGGAGGAUUAUGCGACUGCUGUUAAGUCUGGAUCUGCAUUGCUGGAAGAACAUAUGCAUCAGGUUUCGCCCAGUAGAGUGGAAGAAUUGGUUGGCAUCUUCAAGAGAGCGACGGAGUUGGAAAUUGGGUUUUGGGAUAUGGGAUUGGGAGAGUGA